CCAUGUCAAAAACCCUAUGUAAACCUCAUAAACACAUCUAACCAAAGAUUCUAUUUAGAGCCAUGGUGGAAGCUAAUAAGAAGGCUUUAAUGAUUGCAUUAACCAACGUCGUCGUAUUGCUUCUAACCGUUACCCCCACGUUGGUCCAAGCCUGUCUCCCAUCCGAACGAGCCGCCCUCCUCGAGUUCCGAUCAAAACUCAACGAGCCUUACAUCGGCGUAUUCAAAACAUGGAAAGGCCAAGACUGCUGCAACGGUUGGUACGGCGUGACCUGCGACCCGAAAACCCGACGAGUCUCCCUCAUCACCCUCCGUGGAGUCUCCGAGGAGCCGAUCUUCCAGCGCGCGAAACGGAAAGGGUUCAUGACCGGCGCGAUCUCUCCGGCGCUGUGUAGACUCCCUCACCUCUCCGGGAUCACCAUCACCGACUGGGAAGGAAUCUCCGGCGUGAUUCCACACUGCGUCACGAAUCUCCUCGCGAUGAGGCAUCUGGAUCUCGUCGGGAAUAGAAUCUCCGGCGUGAUUCCGGCGAGUAUCGGGAGGCUGGUGAAGCUUACCGUGUUGAACCUCGCGGAUAAUAAGAUCUCCGGUGGGAUUCCGGCGUCGAUCACGAGGCUGACGAGGCUGUCGCAUCUUGAUUUGAGGAAUAAUUAUUUAACCGGAGUCAUACCGGGAGAUAUCGGCCGGUUAACGAUGCUGAGUCGUGUGUUGUUAACCGGUAACAGAAUCUCGGGUCAAAUUCCGGAGUCUUUGACCCGGAUUUACCGGCUCGCGGAUCUUGAGCUCGGGAUGAACAGAAUCACAGGCCCGAUCCCGCCUUCGCUGGGGAGAAUGUCGGUGCUCGCGACGCUCGAUCUCCACGGGAACUUCAUCUCCGGCGUUAUUCCGGGGAGUUUGAUGAGUUCUUCGAUUUCGAAUUUGAAUUUGCGCGGGAACCGUUUGGCGGGAAGGAUACCGAAUACGUUUGGGCCGAGGUCGUACUUCACGGUGUUGGAUCUUUCGAAUAACCGUUUACAGGGAGUGAUACCCGCGAGUAUCACUACGGCGUCGUUUAUUGGGCAUAUUGACGUGAGUCGUAACCAACUGUGUGGGAAGAUUCCUACGGGGUCUCAUUUUGGUCAUCUCGAUGCGACGUCGUUUGCGUACAAUAGGUGUCUUUGUGGAAAGCCUCUUGGGAACUGUCGGAAAUAAAAUAAUUAAGCAAAUCAUUACGAAGUGAUUUGGGUGGGGAAUCAAAAGCUUAUGUUUAUUAUAUAGUACUACUAUUUACAUCAAAUGCAUUAUUAUACAUGUAAUUCUAUUUCUUUAUCAUAUGCCUGUGACAAAACAUUCACAAUGUUCAUCUCCAAUCCUGCUAAUGGGCUAGUUUAUAUUAAUG